GUCAAUAAAAGGAACAUCACUUCUUUAUAAAAAGAAGAUCCAUUACAAUAAUUCUUGAUCCAUACUCAAGGUAAGAACCAGUUGUUUUCUGUUACUCGCCGGAAAGCACCACUUUCCAUCCCACGAUGUCAGAUUCCGACGGCGGCGGAUGUUGCCGGUGCUGUUGCAGCUUCAUAUUAACCUCCGGUCUAACAGCUCUCUUCUUAUGGCUAAGCUUACGUACUUCAAACCCCAAAUGCUCCAUCCAAAACUUCUACGUCCCUGCCCUUAACAAAACCUUGAAUUCCACUACAAACCACACCAUCUUCUUCGACCUUAAGCUCGACAACACGAACAAAGAUAAGGGGGUUCACUACGAUGCAGUCAACCUCACCUUCUAUUACGGUCCGAACGUUAGUUUUCUCAUAGGGAAUUACACAGUGCAUGGGUUUUACCAGGGCCACGGGAAGAACACUCACCGGAAAUAUCUGCUGGAUACUCGCGGAGUGCCGUGGGAUGAGGCUCUCAAGGCGGUUUCAAAUGGGUCAUUGGCGGUUUUCAGGGUGGAUUUGGUCACGGCGGUGAGAUUCAGGAUCAUUGGGUUUAAGACCAAGAGACACAAGUUGGAUCUGAAGGCUAAUGUGGAGGUCGACGGCACCGGUGACAAAUUGAAGAAGAAGAAGGGCAUUAGACUCAAGUCCGGCGCACCGGAGCUUGAUUGCUAUCAUGCGCGGGUGGUACUCUCUGUUAUUUUAAGUGCCUUUGUGUUGUUGUUGUAGAUUUUAAUCUUGUUCUUCAUUGUAUUGCAUCACUAUUAUUGAGAUUUUUUCUAUGUGGAAUGAAAUAUUAAUUUUUAUUUUGAGGAAGAUUUUUAAUGCAAGAUUGGUAGAAUUACAAUUUGUC